AUGUCUCCCGCACCCUGGUACCUUUUGGCGGGCGCCGCGAUCACGUUUGCGGUCCAAAAGUACGGCUGCUGCAUCUGGAAGUUGGGCGACCAGGUGGGUGUUCGGGGUGCGCCGGCGCCCGUGCGCGCGGUGCCCAACGCGAGCGCUUGGGAGCCGCUGAAGCAGAUCCUGCAGUCCUGGGAGUUCACUUCGAACUACGCCGUUGCAGUGGGUGAUGCGACUCACGGGCGGCUCUUCACCUAUGAGGGCGGCAACUUCACCCUGAAGACGAAGAUCCCCACCGGCAGCACCAGCAAGUGGCCCUCGGCCAUGAUGUUCGCAGGCCUUGUCAACGACGGCUCGGUGGCCUCGCUGGACGACCCCGUCUACAAGUACCUUCCCUGGUGGACGAAGGAUCCCAAGGACCCGCGCUCCACUGUGACGUUCCGCAUGCUCCUUAGCUUCACCUCGGGUUUCGGUGAUGGCCACCCUGGCGAGGAGGCCAACACCCGCGCAGCCCGCCAGUGGCGCCGGGAGAACCGCCCGAACGAGACGAAGGCCUUUGUGGCCCGACGCUUGGCGGCGAAGCCCUGCGACCAGAAGACCGGCGGCAUCCUCGCCUGCGCCCAGUACAUCUAUGAGAACGUCAAGCUGAUCGGCACCCCCGGGCAGGUGUAUUCUUACAACUCCAAUCACCUGCAGCUCGCCGCAGCGGUCGCUGUGACAGUGACGGGCCUCGACAUCCAGCAGGUGAUUCAGAAGUACCUUGUGGAGGCUUUUGACAUGAAGAACAGCUCAUACCCUGGCAGUUGCCCGGACUUCGGUGCCGACCUCUUCACGACAGGAGAGGACUACGAGAAGUUCAUGAAGUCCCUCUUGGGCUACGAGGUCUACAAGAAGUCCCUCAUCGACGCCAGCGAGGUCGACGCCACACCCUUCAUGAAGGACAUGUACACCCUCUAUGGGGAUUAUGGCUUCGGCCACUUCCUCAUGUGCUUCGACAGCAUCAAGGGCUUCACCAAGGAGUGUGAAGAGGCGCAGUGCCACAUGGACCCAGGAGCGUUCGGCUUCAUCCCGCUCUAUGACCGGAAGAACAACUACUACAUGCAGGUGGUGGCCGCCGAGAUCCCUCCAACUGGCUACUACCCUCUCAGCGGCAUCCCAGAGUACCUGGCACCUUCGUCCUAG